CAGCGAGCCGUGUGCGAGCCGGUGCCGGUGCGUGUGCGAGCCGGUGCUGGUGUCGGUGUGUGUGAGCGGUGCAGGGCAGGGGCUGGCAGGGCUCGUUCCCCUGCAUGUCCCCGCGUGUGCCCGCCUCGGCUGGCAGCGAGCGGCAGCACGGCCGGAGCGGCUCUGCUCCGGGUCCCUGCACUUCUCCGGGUACCGAGGCUGCUCCGGGUUCCGGCCCUUGCCAUCCAUUGUUGGCGGAUACGCUGUGGCCGGAGUGGAGUAACUUCGUGCAUCCACCUGUUUCCUGAUGCCGCCUGUCUUUAGCGUGUCCCACAGCAUCCUUUGCAUCGCAUGUACUUAACCUAGAUAUUUCUCGGACCUUGAACAGGCUUCUUAUUGUAUUUCUGUGCUGCAGGUUCCCGAAUAAUAACCCUGAGCGUUUUGACAAGCGUGGGCUUCUCAUGGGAAGUGUGCUCUGAGGUGGACAUUGUCUCGGCCUUUGUGCAGAGCAUGGCCCUUAAAAAAACACAAAACUCUGUGAAAGUGUGUUUUAAAAAGCCGGGAAGUAAGGAGUAAACAAUACAUUUGUACACACUGUAACCUGAAUUUCUGGACUGAUCACUUUGCAUAAAGUCUUUGAAAUUACAGGUUUUAGAGGUGGGCAUCUUGGACUGAAGAAACACAAAAAGCAAUGCUUCAUGGUGUGCAAAAUCACUGUCCCCCUGCAGUGUGCUUCAUCCAAUGGUUUUACAAGGGGGUGUGUAUUUUUACACACUUACCAUAACCUCCUUAGACAAACAAAACCUAAAGUGUCCUGUGAGGUUUCUUAGGAACCAGAGAUAUCUGAAGAUGAAACCAUGAGGAGUGAGCAGAGUGAAUAAUAAUGCUUUUCCGAAACCGCUUUCUGUUCUUGCUGGCCUUGGCAGCCCUGUUAGCCUUUCUGAGCCUCAGUCUGCAGUUCUUGCAUUUAAUCCCAGUAAACCCUGUGAGGGAGGAUGGGUUGAAUCCCAAGAGCAGGAAGAGAAUAAUGCCUGAUCUGCUGACGGAGCCCCCUGCCAUAGACCCCGUGUAUGAAGCUCAGGUGUACUGCAACGUUCCCAGCAUCGCCGAGCGCAGCAUGGAAGGUCAUGCCCCUCAUUAUUUUAAGCUGGUGUCAGUUCAAGUGCUGAUUCGACAUGGUGAUAGGUACCCUCUGUAUGCCAUUCCCAAGACAAAGAGACCUGACAUCGACUGCAUGUUGGUGCCCAGCAGGAAACCUUCUCAUCCUCAGCUUGAAGCCUUCAUUAAGCAUAUGUCCAAAGGGUCUGCAGCCCAAAUGGAUGGUUCUCUGAGCAGCCUGCCUCACUUCCCCAGCCAUUCCCUGUGUGAAAUGGGAGAGCUUACACAGACAGGGGUUGUACAACACCUGCGAAAUGGACAGCUGCUCAGAGAGAUUUACAUCAACAAACACAGACUGCUCCCCAGUGACUGGACAGCCAAGCAGCUCUACCUGGAGACCACGGGCAAGAGCCGGACCCUGCAGAGCGCGCUGGCCCUGCUCUACACCUUCCUGCCAGAUUUUGACUGGAAGAAAAUUAACAUGAGGCACCAGUGGAGCACCAUUUUCUGCUCAGGAAGCUGUGACUGUCCCAUGAGAAACCACUACCUGGAGGAGGAGCAGCGCAGGCAGUACAGCUUACGGGUGAAAAACAGCAAUUUGGAGAAGAUCUACGUGGAUAUGGCAAAGAUUGUGGGCAUUCCCACCAGGCAGCUGAGAGCUUCUAACCCUAUAGAUUCUCUCUUGUGCUAUUUCUGUCAUAAUGUCUCAUUUCCAUGUACCAAAGCUGGCUGCAUUGGUAUGGAACACUUCAAAGUAAUCAAGAGACACCAGUUGGAGGACGAGAGAGAAAGACAGGAAAAGAAACUUUACUUCUUGUAUGCACUGUUGGCUACUCAUCCUCUCCUCAACCAGACUGUCAAUAGGCUGCAGCGUAUUGCAGAGGGCAAGAAGGAGGAAGUGUUUGUCCUCUACUCUGCACAUGAUGUCACCUUGUCACCUGUUCUUAGUGCCUUGGGCAUUACAGAGGCCAGAUUUCCCAGAUUUGCUGCCAGAUUAGUUUUUGAGCUGUGGCAGGAUGGGAAGAGGCCCAAAGAACACUUUAUCCGCAUCCUGUACAACGGUGCUGAUGUCACAUUCCAGACCUCCUUUUGCAGGGAUCAUUAUAAACGUUCCAACAAGCCAAUGUGCCCACUAGAAAAACUUGUCAACUUUGUCAAGAGGGAUAUGUUCUUAAUUUUUAACAGUACAAGCUACUAUGAUGCAUGUCAUAGGAGAGCACUGUAGAGAAGGGAGGAGGAAAGGAGGCAGUGUUAACUUAUGUCAGUGAUUUGUUUUCUGGCAGAGGCACAGUUCAGUUUUCUUACUUCUUGUAUUUUCAUGUGUAAGUACAGAAGGCUAAUGCUUGAAACAUUUUUCAAAUAGUUUUAUUUUCAUUCAGGCUGCAGAUGGCCUUCAGUAGAAGAACAAAUGCCAAGGGUUAUGUGUGUGUGUACACUCACAAAUGCUGUUAACUGUUGUGAUAAACCAUGUGGUGAAUGUGACCUGGCCCUUGCUUGAUAGAGUGAGAGAGCACAGACUUUGUGUUUCUCUGUUCCAGAGCAAUACUUGGAUAGCCUGAGUUUAAAGCCAAAACUCCAUUUUUUUUCUAACACCAUCUCAGUCAUUUUAAGCACUUCAUGUCAGGGUCAUUAUGAAUUCCAGGUGUCUGCAUUAAGGCAUUUUAAAGGAAUUUUUGAAUUUCUUUACUCAGAGGAAGCCAUAAUAUUAGAAUAUUAUGGUCCUUAAAGCAAAGUGCAUGUGUGUGUGUGUGUGAAUACUUCCUGAGCAUGUACAAAUGAGUGUGUGCCUUCUGCACCUCACAGACCUAGAAACCCUUGGCUGUUGUUGCCAGUGCCAGAGAAGGGUGUACUGGAGAAGGGAUACAAAACUCUACUCUCUGAUUGCACUUUCAGCACUUUGAAUAGUUCAAACACAGUCUAGAAACAUGUGAAGGCCUUGUGACAUUAAAAUAGGUUGCAAACACUAACAGUACCACUAAACCUCAGUGGGAAAUUAGGCUUAGAAAUGAGUUUUAUGGUGAAGUGUUGGGCUCUUUCCCAUUGUGAACACGUUCAAGCUGUUGUGCUAUGGUACAAAUCAGUAUUUUAGGAAUUUGCUAUGGUGACUGCUUGAGACAGCUUGACUAAGUACUGAGAAAACUUUGUAGUUGAGUUAGUAUUUUUAUGGACUAGGAAGCUCUUAUUUUGUAAGACCAGACUUGUACAUAUUGUACUGUGUAUAUUUAUAACACAGUAGAUCUUUCUUACUUGUUUAGUUUGUAAAGACUUGUGGAGGUCACUUUUUAGACAUUUUUUUUCCCUUGAUCAGGAUGUUUAGACUUAAGAAUAAACUGUCUCUUAUGGGUAAUUUGAACAAUGAGUAGAUAUGAAAACUUCAGACUGCUUUCAUCUCUGUAGGAGUAGUAAAUUGAGAACCAAUUUUUAAUAGAAUUCCUAGAAAUUUUAUAAUGAUGGAGGUUUUGUAACUUCUAGAAAUAAAUUAGUCUGUGAGUUGUGAUUCAAUGGUGCUAGUUUGUCAAAGAAAACAUAACUCAGCAUAAGUUCUCCGACUCUUGGCAUUCCACUCUCUCUGUUUUCAAUGCUGCAUUUGAACAUGUUUCUUUAAAUA